AUCCAAAGGAAGAAGAAGCAGCGGCAAAAACGUGUAUUUUGUUUUGUUUCAAAAUAAAUCGUAUUAAUUUGCCCGAAAAUCUUAAAUCUCAGCCUAAAAAUGAAGCUAAGCACAUAUAAUUUUCUCACCUCAAUGGCCAUUAAGGGUGUCAAAGUGGGCUAUCCACUGAAAUUAACAAUUAACAAAAAGGAUGUGGUUGAGACUGAAUUUAAUCCAACAUUUGUUGAACGACUGCUGCCCAAGUUGGACUGGUCGGCUGUCUAUGGUGCUGCCCAAGUGGCGGAACUAGCCGAUGAUAUACCCGCAGUUCAACCCGAAAAUAUAGCCGAGAAUGAGUUGUUAUUGCAAAAAUUGCAUCAUUUACUUUUCGAGGUGGAUGUUAUUGAAGGACAACUGGAGUGUCCGGAAACAGGACGUGUUUUUCCCAUUGCCGAUGGCAUACCCAAUAUGCUGCUCAAUGAAGACGAAGUCUAAAACGUCCCUCCAUUCGCUCCCCCCUCAUAGAUAUUAUCCAUUGUAAAACUAGGUUAGCCAGUUAGUUUUUAAAUACUUUUUUAAUAUCAAUUUGUUGUGACAUAAAACAAAAACACC